UCUUUCUUUCUUUCUUUCUUUUUUCUUUUCUUUUUUUCGGAGCUGGGGACCGAACCCUGGGUCAGCCUGCUUUCUUAUAGAACUCAGGACCACCUGCCCAGAGAUGGCACCACCCACAAUGUGCUAUCCCCCACCCCCCACCAAGAAAAUGCCUUACAGCCAGAUCUUAUGGUGGCAUUUUCUCAAUUAAGGUUCCUUCCUUUCAGGCAGCUCUAAGAACUCUAGUUUGUGGGUCAAGUUGACGCAAGACUAGGCAGCACAGUGUAUCCGUGCCAUCACAUUCGUGUGGAGUUCCGAAGAAAUCGUUAACACCCCUGGGACUGGAACUCACGGACGUCUGUGAGCUUCAAUGUGGCUGUGAGAACCUGAACUGGGGCCUCCACAAGAGCAGCCUGUGCUCUUACUGCCGAGCCAUUGCAGCAGGCUCGCAUCAGAGUUUUAAAACGUUAAAAUUAGCUGGGUGUGACUCAUACCUUUAUAAUCCUAGCAUUUGAAAGUAGAGCUAAGAGGAACAGGAAUUCAAGGCCAGCUCUUGCCUACAGAGCCACUUCUGUCCUAGAUGGGCUACAAGAAACCAUUUGAAACCCAUCCAAACAACAAUAACUACAGCAACAACGUUAAAAUUAGGCUGGGCACAGGGUACACACCUUUAAUGCCAACACUCAGGAGGCAGAGGCAGGCUGAUCAGUGUGAGUUCAACCUAGUCUACAGAGGGAGUUCUAGGCCCUCUCUGCUCUCCCCACCUCUCUCUCUCUCUCUCUCUCUCUCUCUCUCUCUCUCUCUCUCUCUCACACACACACACACACACACACACACACACACACACACACACACACAUUUAACUUACUGGUAGCAUUAUGUGAUUUUUAAACUGUUAUCAAUAGACAUCCAAGGAGGUCAAACUUCAAUGACAAUCUCUCCAUGAUAACGCAGAUAGUAGUCUAACUUCACUCAGAACUAACCCUCAAAGCACACAUCCUCUAGACAACGUGCCCACUAGUAGUCCCAUUACUCAGGAGGCUGAAGCAGGAGGAUGAAUGGUUACCGCUUCAGCCACAUAGGGAGACAGGCAGGGAACAAUCUCAAUCCCUACGUUCUCCUAAACGGGAGCAGUAGGUCAGGAAGGGUGUGAAGGCCUUUUCCUAAUCUCAGGAUCGACUUGCUCAGGCAGCGCAAAGGUCUCCAGUGGAGAAGUCUCCACACACGCAGAAUCCAAGGCGAUGACGUCAUCAAAGGGUUAAUUCUAGGCUGGGAUGGGGGGAGGGCGGGGCACGCAGCUGUCAGGUGGCUUCGGAAAAAUAAACUGCUGGGAGUCCUGGGAGGGACAAGAGAUUACCCACCCAGAGUGUGCCCCACAAAACAUGAGCGCUUGUCCACAUUUGAAGUCAUCACACACUCCUUGCCUGAAUUCUUUGCAGACGGGGACGAUCCGGAGCUCAACUUUCAAAAGACAGACGCCCCAACAAGCCUGUUUUGAGAAGUUCUUCAGCUGCUCACCUCAUGGGCCAGACGGCCCUGGCAAGGGGCAGCAGCAGCACCCCUAGCUCGCACGCUCUGUACUCUGACUUAUCUCCUCCCGAGGGCUUGGAGGAGCUCCUGUCCGCACCCCCUCCUGACCUAGGGGCCCAACGACACCACGGCUGGAACCCCAAGGAUUGCUCCGAGAACAUCGAUGUCAAGGAAGGGGGACUGUGCUUUGAGCGGCGCCCUGUGGCCCAGAGCACUGAUGGAGUCCGGGGAAAGAGGGGCUAUUCGAGAGGCCUGCAUGCCUGGGAGAUCAGCUGGCCCCUGGAGCAAAGGGGAACACACGCCGUGGUGGGCGUGGCCACCGCCCUCGCCCCGCUGCAGGCUGACCACUACGCGGCGCUUUUGGGCAGCAACAGCGAGUCCUGGGGCUGGGAUAUUGGGAGGGGAAAAUUGUAUCAUCAGAGUAAGGGCCUUGAGGCCCCCCAGUACCCAGCCGGACCUCAGGGUGAGCAGCUAGUGGUGCCAGAGAGACUGUUGGUGGUUCUGGACAUGGAGGAGGGAACUCUGGGCUACUCUAUUGGGGGCACGUACCUGGGACCAGCCUUCCGUGGACUGAAGGGGAGGACCCUUUAUCCCUCUGUAAGUGCUGUUUGGGGACAGUGCCAGGUCCGCAUCCGCUACCUGGGCGAAAGAAGAGGUGAGAUCUGGACUAGGUGUGUGUGGGGGGCAGGGAGGAUACCACUUUUGACAAUGGGUUGGGGUGGAAACUCGUGGUCGGACCACAGGAAAUGGGCUUCAAGUCACUUAGGUGGCCUUGGCUCUAGCUUCACUUCCAGAAAUUCAGAGCUUUUGGGUCUCCCUUAGCUAGGGUGGAGGUGGAGAGAGAGUUUGAGGAUGUCUGGCGGGAGUUGCUUGCUUACCCUGUCUUCCUUCUCUGUCUCAGCGGAGGAACCACAAUCCCUUCUGCACCUGAGCCGCCUGUGUGUGCGCCAUGCUCUGGGGGACACCCGGCUGGGUCAAAUAUCCAGUCUGCCAUUGCCCCCUGCCAUGAAACGCUAUCUACUCUACAAAUGACCCUGUGGCACAGGGUGUGCUGGCACCCUACCGUGGGGACAGGUGGAGAGGCACUGCUGGCCUAGACAACUUAAAAGCUGGAGCUGAGGGAAGGAGGCUGGACCCCUUCACUACCCCUUUUCACAGGAACAAGACAUAGAAAUGAUACUAUAGGCUGUGGCAGCUUUGGACAAAAGGUUUUUGAAGUAAAAAAAAAAUGAGAUAUAUUGUCACA